AUGGGCUUUAUGACUGUAUAUACGCCGUGUCGGUGCUGUAUAUCUUUCGCUGCAAUCUGGCCAGGUUCAUGGCCUCCCCUUCCUAGGCAAACUUCCAUCGAGAUCCAGUUGCGCACUACCGGAUCCGAAAUCCACGACAAGAUGGCCCUUCCGGCAUCUUCCUCCUUCGAAGAUGAUGUGAAGAAGAGGGGUUAUGCAAUCGCGUUUGAAACCCACACAGUGUUUCUGACAGGAAGCACCGGUUCUUUGGGAGGUUGCCUGCUGUACAAGUUGGCGCUACAGCUCCCGACACGAAAGAUCUUUGUCCUGGUGCGCGGAUCGUCGGAGCAAGCUGUGAAGAAGUGGGAAAAGACGAUGCCGAAUCAGACGCAGGCAAUUCUCGCUUCCAACAAAGUCCAUUUCGUCAUCGGGGACAUAACAAAGCAGAAUUUUGGUAUCAACGCUGCAAGCAUGAAGCAGUUGCGCGAGCAGGUUACGCUUAUUAUGCAUACCGCAGCGAAGAUAUCUCUCGACGCCGACAUCAUCGAGGCCCUCGAGAACAACUGUUUCCCGUCUCUGGAACUUGCCAAGAUGACUUCAUCGUUUAGAAGGCUCAAAGUCUUCGUUCAACUGUCCACUGCAUACGUUAAUAGCUUCCUGCCGGACGGGCAUAUCGGGGAGCGGCUAUACAACCUCUCGGACGCAGACCCUGAGGACGAAAUUGCAUCCAUACAGCUAUCGGGAGGCGCAACCCACACGCCACGGUUCUCGUCAUCGUACACACAUUCAAAGCACCUCAUGGAGCAUUUGAUGCUGAAACGCUUUCCAACUCUUCCUCUUCUAUUCAUUCGCCCCACAAUCUUCGCACCUGCCCUUCGGCACCCGUACCCAACAUACGGACCUGAUGGCUCGCAUCCAUUGAACAAGUUCGCAGACUUGCUAAUUUCAGACCGUGGAGGAAAGCAGAUUUGGCAUGCAGCAGAGGGGUAUGAGAGUGGUGCAAACAUCUUGGACGAGAUUCCUGUGGAUUUCGUAGCGAAUGCUUGUUUGUUACAUGCCGCAGCAAGGACGCUUGGGAUUGUGCAUAUUGGAUCCCAAUUGUACGUGCUGCGGACAUAUGACGCCUUCCUUGAGCUCUUACGAACGCAUGCUCCCCCGGAUAUUAGAGACCCACUGCCCACAAUCACGUUCGUGCAAGACAGAAGUAUCCCGCAAUCGUUCCUAGCAGAACUGGUGAAAGUAGCAAGCCGAAACUGGAUAUUCGACUGCGGCAGGUCGUACUGGUUGAAGGGAAUUGGGGGGCCGCUGAGUAUACAGGCAUGCGAAUAUGAUGCGGACAGGCUCAACACCGCUCGUGUCGCGGAUAUCUAUAAGAAGAACUUGAGGAGGACUACAAAGCUUUGA